AACCCUUUUUAUAGCCGACCCAAUUGCACCGGUAAAAGACUUCACAGACUUCUCACACAUAACACCUUUUCUUCUUCUCCGAUCUCCUCUCUCUCUCUCUCUGCAUCUCCAUCUAUAUCUACACCACUCUCCACCUUCAUCACUUCUUUAUUUUCUUCAUCUUAUAUGGACAAAGGAUGGGGUCUUACUCUUGAAUCUGCAGACCACCCUCUCGUCAACUCUUUCUUUUCCAGCUCCACCGCCACCCGCCCGGACGGAAAUUUUAAGAGAAACAAUAUCUUUGACAUGAGUGAUUCUGUUAGAAUGUUUCCCUUCCGCCCGGUUAACCUUACCCCAGCUCAUUCUCCCGCCGAUCAUGAUCGCAGCCGGCUGCCUGCUAGCGAACUCGAUUUCUUUUCCGAUAACAAGAAUAGGGUAGCUUCUGAUAUCAAUAAUAACGAUGAUCUUGAUGUUGAUCGUGAUCAUGAUGAUUCAAAAGCUACUAAUAUUUCUGUCAAGAAAGAAAAUUCUUAUGGUGAUGUCGCUCCAAGGUCCAAUCUUGGUGUGAAUACUGGAUUGCACCUUCUUACAGCUAACACUGGAAGUGAUGAAUCCAUGGUGGAUGAUGGAGUUUCCUCUGAAGUUGAUGAUAAACGAUCCAAAAGUGAGCUAGUACAAUUGCAGGUUGAUCUCCAAAGAAUGAAUGAUGAGAAUCAAAAGUUAAGAGACAUGCUGAGUCAAGUUACCACCAAUUAUAAUGCUUUACAUAUGCAUCUUCUAGCUUUAAUGCAGCAGCAACAACAAAAACAUGAAGCUCAAGAGCUUGAGGUUAUACAAGGAAAAUCCGAGGAAAAGAAACAUGAGAUGGUGCCGAGGCAAUUCUUGGAUCCUGGUCCAUCGGCUGAAACGGAUGAGAUAUCUCAUUCGUCAUCGGACGAUGAAAGGACUCGUUCAGGCACACCUCAAACUAAUAUGGAAACAGCAUCUGUCAAAAAUAAUGGCAAACGGGAGAUGUGUUCAUAUGAUCAAGAGAAUUCUACCGCAAUUAUUGCGCGAGAAGACAGCCCUGAGUCGGAAACUCGGGGUUGGAAUCCUAAUAAAGUUCAAAAACUGAGUCCACCUAACAGAGUUAACAUUGAGCAAAACACCGACGCCACCAUGAGAAAAGCCCGUGUCUCAGUUCGAGCUCGAUCCGAAGCUCCCAUGAUCACUGAUGGGUGCCAAUGGAGAAAAUACGGGCAAAAGAUGGCUAAAGGAAAUCCAUGUCCUAGAGCUUACUAUAGGUGCACCAUGGCCGUUGGUUGUCCAGUUCGUAAGCAAGUUCAACGGUGUGCGGAGGACAGAUCAAUAUUGAUAACCACAUACGAAGGAAGUCAUAACCACCCUCUACCGCCGGCAGCAAUGGCGAUGGCAUCAACGACAGCCGCCGCCGCAAGCAUGCUACUCUCAGGAUCAAUGUCGAGUGCAGAUGGGAUAAUGAAUCCUAAUUUACUAGCAAGAGCAAUCCUGCCAUGUUCAUCAAGUGUAGCCACUAUUUCAGCAUCAGCCCCAUUUCCGACAGUAACAUUAGACCUCACUCACGGUCCAAAUCCCUUACAACCGCACCAAAGACCUCCGACACAUUUCCAAGUCCCAUUUCCAGGCCAACCCCAAGUUUUUGGUCAAGCCCUUUACAAUCAAUCAAAAUUUUCCGGUCUCCAAUUAUCUCAGGAAUUAUCCCAUCCUCAAUCUCAGCAACAUUCCACAGUUGAUCAAGUGAGCGCUGCCACAGCUGCCAUCACCGCCGAUCCCAACUUCACAGCAGCUCUCGCAGCGGCCAUCACCUCGAUUAUUGGUGGGGCUAACGGCAGUUCCGCCAAUAGCCACAUUAACAGCAAUGGAAAUAACACAAGCAACAGAAACUAGCUAGAAAACGUCCCAUUUUUCAAGUAUUUUGAUCCUUUGUUAUAGUUUGUUAAUUUCAGUUCUUUCAUUUUUUUAAUUAGUUCUUUUUGGGGGGAUAACUGGAGAUUACAUGUUCAUAAUAUUUAGUUCUGGCUGGGGCCGGGAAGAGGGAUCCAAACACAAAUAUUUUUUUCUCAUUGUAAUUUGAUUUUGAAUAACUUGUGUUAUUAGUUGUUUAGUGAGAUAUACAAGAAAUACAAAAAAGUUGGCAUAGUUGAAAUUUGUUAAUAAAAGUUAAAGAAUUGAAAUUCAA